UAUUACUCCACUGUAAUGGAACAGCAAGUAAAUGGACAGUUAAUAGAGCCUCUACAGAUCUAUCCGAGAGCCUGCAAGCCUCCUGGGAAACGGAACAUACAUGGCCUGAAGGUAAAUACGCGAGCAGGGUCUGCUAAUAAUAGCAGUUCGGCAGUCUCGGAUUCCCUCCCAAGCAAUAGCUUAAAAAAGUCUUCGGCGGAACUGAAGAAAAUACUUGCCAACGGCCAGAUGAAUGAACAAGACAUACAGUAUCGAGACAUCCUCGGUCAUGGCAAUGGAGGCACGGUCUACAAGGCACAUCACGUCCCUAGUGGAAAAAUACUCGCAGUAAAGGUCAUACCCUUAGAUAUAACACUGGAACUCCAGAAGCAGAUAAUGUCGGAGUUAGAAAUUCUUUAUAAGUGUGACUCAUCAUAUAUCAUAGGAUUUUAUGGUGCUUUUUUUGUAGAAAACAGAAUUUCAUUGUGUACAGAGUUCAUGGAUGGGGGUUCUUUGGAUGUUUAUAGAAAAAUCCCCGAACACGUGCUUGGAAGAAUAGCAGUAGCUGUUGUGAAAGGCCUUACCUAUUUGUGGAGUCUAAAGAUUUUACACAGAGAUGUGAAGCCGUCUAAUAUGUUGGUGAACACGCGAGGCCAGGUGAAGCUCUGUGACUUUGGGGUUAGCACGCAGCUGGUGAAUUCUAUAGCCAAGACGUAUGUCGGAACAAACGCUUACAUGGCGCCUGAGCGGAUUUCGGGGGAACAGUAUGGAAUUCAUUCGGACGUUUGGAGUCUAGGGAUUUCCUUCAUGGAGGUACGCAAAGAUCGUUUUCACGCGCACGUGGCCAGAAUCAAAUUAAGUCCAACACUUUAA